UGUUAUUUGUUGUCUGGCCGAGAUGGCGGCACACGUUCGGAUUUGAUGAUUUAUUUAUUAUUUAUUUGGUUAGAGUUCGGAUUCGAUUCGCAGUCUCUUUUUGCCACCUGUGGUCGUCAAACGAACCGGGAAUUUAAUCACCGCCACCAAACGUAGAGAAUCAGUUCUACCAGCAGGUCUUUUGUUUGUCCUCGUUGGUCUUCUUCUCCUCCUUUCAUCUUCGUCGUGUCGUUCAUCUUGCUUCCUCUCUCCGCGCUCAAGGGACUGACCACAAGUUCGGAGGCGGGUCCGUAAGAAAUUUUCACAAUGAAACUGAAAAACCACAUUGUGGAAAUAGAUGAAAGAAUGAGACAGUUCUGGGAAAUCAUUCCAGUCUCUGUUUAAAAUAUUUUUGCAGUAUCCUCCUUCACCUAUCAGCUUAUGUGAAUCGGUAGGUCUAUCAUCCAUAGGGGACUGAAUCCUGUGGGACAUUAUGCAUGUCUGUUCCCGUGGCCUUUGCUGAAAAUGCAGAAAGGGGACUCUCUUGUGCAGAACGAACAAGAUCUCUUGAUGCUAUUUCAUUUAGUAGCACAGAACGCCUAGUAGCUAAUGGGCAAGCUUCUCAUGCAUCUUUUGAAACCUCUGGAUUUAGAGUUGAUGAGCUCUUUCUUCCUGAUGGAGAAUCCUAUUCUGGGUCAUUACUUGGUAACAUGCCAGAAGGUUCGGGGAAAUAUGUAUGGUCAGAUGGUUGUGUAUAUGAGGGUGAGUGGAGAAGGGGGAUGAGGAAUGGGAGUGGGAAAAACCAAUGGCCUUCUGGAGCAGUUUAUGAGGGUGCAUUUUUUGGUGGCUAUAUGCAUGGUACAGGGACAUAUAUUGGACCUGAUAAAGCAAUCUACAAGGGGCGCUGGCGGUUGAAUCUCAAACAUGGGUUGGGGUUCCAAACGUAUCCCAGUGGAGAUGUCUUUGAAGGAUUCUGGAUUCAGGGAGUUACUGAAGGGCUUGGUAAGUAUUCCUGGGCUAGUGGAAAUGUUUACUUGGGAAACAUGAAAGGAGGGAAAAUGUCUGGAAAAGGAACUCUUACAUGGACAAAUGGGGACUCAUUCGAAGGAAGUUGGUUGGAUGGAAUGAUGCAUGGAUUUGGAGUUUACACCUGGAAAGAUGGUGGCUGCUAUGUAGGAACUUGGACCAGGGGUUUAAAGGAUGGCAAAGGAGCAUUUUAUCCGGAAGGCAGCAAGUUUCCAGCUGUGCAAGAGCUUUAUCUCAAUGCUCUAAGAAAGCGAGGGCUGUUGCCAGAUUUCAGAAAGCAUAACAAUGGUUCACACAUCUGUCAUGCUUCUUCAGUGGAUUUUGGCGAUUUUAAAGUUGGUGAGAAACAGGUUUCAUUUCGAGGUUCGUCUGAUAAGCUUCCCAAAGGAAACCUGCAAAAUUUGGAUCAAUCUCGAUCUAAGAAUGUUUCUUUGCAAAGACGCUGGAGCCUUGAGGUAUCCAUUGAAAAAGUAAUUGGACAUGAUUUAUCACUGAGUUCAGGAGAAUCUGGUUUAGAAGGUGAUGAAAAGGAGACUGACACAAAUCCUCCAAUACUGGAACGAGAAUAUAUGCAAGGUGUUCUGAUCAGUGAAGUUGUAUUUAACAAUUGUUCUUCAUCACCAUCCAGAAGAGCAAGAAGGAGACAGAAGAAACUUGCCAAGGAGGUGAAAAAACCUGGUAAAACUAUUAUGAAGGGUCAUAGAAGUUAUGACUUAAUGCUCAGCUUGCAGGUUGGAAUCAGGUAUACUGCUGGGAAAAUAACACCAAUACAAAGACGAGAAGUUCGGGAAUCAGACUUUGGUCCCCGAGCAAGCUUUUGGAUGAAUUUCCCCAGUGAAGGGUCACAAUUGACACCCCCUCACCGAUCAGAAGAUUUUAAGUGGAAGGACUACUGUCCAAUGGUUUUUAGGUCCAUAUGCUCUCUUGGCAGAAACUUAAGGGAGAUGUUCAAGAUUGAUGCUGCAGACUACAUGAUGUCCAUUUGUGGGAAUGAUGCUCUUAGAGAGCUCUCAUCUCCUGGGAAAAGUGGUAGUGUAUUUUUCCUCUCUCAGGAUGACCGGUUUAUGAUUAAGACCCUCCGAAAAUCUGAAGUGAAGGUUCUUCUAAAGAUGCUGCCAAACUAUCACCAUCAUGUUCAUACUUAUGAUAACACCCUCAUCACCAAAUUUUUUGGUCUUCACAGGAUCAACCCUUCAAGUGGACAAAAGUUUCGAUUUGUAGUAAUGGGCAACAUGUUCUUUACUGCAUUGAGGAUUCAUCGAAGAUUUGAUUUGAAAGGUUCCUCCCUUGGCCGCUCAUCCGACAAUAUUGAAAUCGAUGAGAAUACAACACUUAAGGAUUUGGAUUUAAACUACUGCUUUUAUUUGGAGCCUUCUUGGCGGGAAGCUCUAUUAAAACAAAUUGACAUUGAUAGCAAAUUUCUGGAAACACAACACAUUAUGGAUUACAGCCUUUUGUUGGGUGUUCAUUAUCGAGCCCCACAACACUUACCAUAUCGGCAAAAUUUAUCAACAGAUGGAUUGGGAAUUCUUGCAGCAGAAGACAUCGAAGAAGAAGAAAUAUCCAACUACCCACAGAGCCUUGUUUUGGUGCCACGUGGAAGUGAUGAUAGUAAUAUUAUUGUGGGUCCUCACGUUAGGGGUAGACGAUUAAGGGCAUCAGCUGCUGGUGAUAAGGAAGUAGAUCUCCUACUUCCCAGUAUGGCAAGGCUACAGAUCCAACUUGGAGUAAACAUGCCUGCAAGAGCAGAGCAUAUCGCAGAGGAAGAUAAAAUACAGUUGUUUCAUGAUGUAUAUGACGUCGUUUUGUAUGUGGGUAUCAUUGACAUUUUACAGGAGUACAACAUGAGUAAGAAGAUCGAACAUGCGUAUAAAUCUAUCCAGUUUGAUUCCUUGUCCAUCUCUGCUGUUGACCCAGUGGUCUACUCACAGCGCUUCUUGAAAUUUAUUCAAAAGGUUUUCCCUCCUAAUUCUUAGUGAGUAGUUAUUUCACAUGUGAUGCUCUUCAAUUCAUGCAUAUUUAGGGCACCUGAUCUUUCAAGCAGGGCUUGGAAAUAUUGUUGUAGAAAUUUUGAUUAUAAGAUUGUUGUUUUGCUGUUGCCUGUAUUACGAAGUAUGCAAAGUUAAUGUAAGUUGUUCCUAUUUUUCA